GAGUUUUGCUUUCUUAAGUUUGUCGUUCAGACACAUCAGUUAAUUGCUCAUACUUUGCAGGUUUAAUCCUUAAUUGCAAAUUCCUGCACGAUCACAAAAAAUACAGUCGAACUGAUCAUAAAAAUGGCAAAACCCCAAUCUUAGACUUAAGUGUGGAAUUACCAUAGUGCCGAUUUGAUUAUGCUUCAGUGACAUCUGUUUAAUAGAUUUCCACGAGAACUGUAAAUCCACAUUUACUUUCUUUGCAAAUUGUGUCUGCGUGCUGAGCAACCACGGCCCUCUUGACUCUUUCCCCCCAACCACCCAUGUCCCAAACCCCCAUUCAUGUUGAGUGUGACUUGAUGUGUCUGCGGGAAGGGGACCGAGAAUGCUGAUCUCUACACGUUUACCUCUUAUUUCCUUUCGUGUGUGAUACAUCUGUGUGCGUGUUUGAGAUGGAUCUGAGCAGUUUCCCAUUUCAACUCACAGAUACGUGAUUCUUCUCCAAGUGCUUUAUUUUGAAAACUAGGACAUAGCACUUUGCAGAAGAAAAAAUCAGUCUACUCACUAUUAUUUAUGUGAUUGCUGAUCUGCUAGAUGGAUAUAGAAAGCACCAAGAAUUAUAAUAAUUUAUGGAGUGAAGCACUGGUUUACAAACAUAUUUCUCUGCCCGAGCUUUGUGGGUUUCUCUGCAUCUCGGGCCUCAUUCUGUGCAAUGGGAAUAGAGGAUACUCAGAAUUUGAAGACAAGCCGGGCAAACCGACUGCAUUCAUGUCUAAAAUUAAAGGAAUAAGUGAGCAGCUAUUUGUGGCAGACAGGACAUGAUCCAUCUGCUUCCAGGUCUGGCGGGGGGCCGGGCGGCGGCGGCGGGAGAUGCCCGGGCGGCCCGCGGAGGUCCAUGUGGCGCUCUAGGUGGGAUCCCGGCGUCCUGAAGGCGGAGGCCCUGGCGCUGCUGCCCUGCGGCCUGGGCAUGGCGUUCUCCCAGUCGCACGUGAUGGCCGCUCGGCGGCACCAGCACGGCCGGCUCCUCAUCGAGGUGGACGAGUACAGCUCCAACCCUACCCAGGCCUUCACCUUCUACAACAUCAACCAGGGCCGCUUCCAGCCGCCGCACGUGCAGAUGGUAGACCCGGUGCCUCAUGAUGCCCCUAAGCCUCCUGGCUACACCCGCUUCGUCUGUGUCUCUGACACCCACUCAAGGACGGACCCCAUCCAGAUGCCCUAUGGCGACGUGCUGAUCCACGCCGGGGACUUCACUGAGCUGGGGCUCCCAAGUGAAGUGAAGAAGUUCAACGAAUGGCUGGGCAGCCUGCCCUACGAGUAUAAGAUCGUGAUCGCUGGCAACCACGAGCUGACCUUUGACCAGGAGUUCAUGGCCGACCUCAUCAAGCAGGAUUUUUACUACUUCCCAUCCGUGUCGAAGCUGAAGCCGGAGAACUAUGAGAAUGUGCAGUCGCUGCUGACCAACUGCAUCUACCUGCAGGACUCCGAGGUCACCGUGCGGGGCUUCAGGAUCUACGGCUCCCCCUGGCAGCCCUGGUUUUACGGCUGGGGCUUUAACCUUCCACGAGGCCAAGCCCUGCUGGAGAAGUGGAACCUCAUUCCCGAAGGCGUGGACAUCCUGAUAACCCACGGACCACCCCUGGGCUUCUUGGACUGGGUCCCCAAGAAGAUGCAGCGGGUGGGCUGCGUGGAGCUGCUCAACACGGUUCAGCGGCGGGUCCAGCCGCGGCUGCAUGUCUUCGGCCACAUCCAUGAAGGGUAUGGUGUCAUGGCAGAUGGGACCACCACCUAUGUGAAUGCAUCUGUGUGCACUGUGAACUACCAGCCUGUGAAUCCACCCAUAGUCAUCGACCUCCCCACACCCCGGAACUCCUGACUGCUCCCUGCUGCCAUAGCCCUGCCCGCCCGUGUCAGCUACAUAUGCUUGGCUGAGAGCACAGACCCCCAGCCACCCUCCCUACCAUGCUGAGUGACCCAGACAAUCUGUCUGGCUGCAGGGACUAGCCCAGCAGACUUGCUGAGGCAUUGGAAUGACCCUUCAGCCUUCCAUCACCUGGAAUCGGGACCCUGUGUGUCCCCAUUUUUCUACGUGUACGUCUGUGUGUACCUCGUUAAAGGACCUGGUAUUUCAUGGCCCUGUCUUG